GAGAGAGAGAGAAUACAUUCAAAGCAUUUUCCACUGAUAAGGCUUUUUCCUUUUAUCUGUCACCGUUAUGCGCCGUCACCAGCUGAAGACAAGGCGGCGGUAAUGCUGGAGUAACGCGGGAUGCUGUGGAGUGAAAGCAUCGUGGGAGGAAGGCUCAGAGUGAACCAGCGGGUGGUGAAACACGAAUGGCUUCUCCGGUGCUGCUUCCCGCAGAUGAGAGAGGCAAACAGCCCGAUCUUCCCGACGUCCUUGACCGGGUUUCCAGCACGUUGCACGUCCGCAAGACGGGCGGAUCAACAGGAGGAGCGCUCCCGGGGGAGGGUGGCUGUAACCCGGCCCGCAGCGGCCAUGGCCGGUGUCAUUCAGCACCAAGGACGGCGCCGCGCAGGGGAGGCGCAGAGGUUAAACUCGCUCACCUCGGCGAGGAGAAAGUCCAGAUUUGUUGCGACGAUGAAUUAGAGACAUCUUUCACCUAUAUUGACGAGAAUGUUAACCUGCAAGUGGCCAGCCCGGACACGAGUUGUAAAAGUACUCACAGACCCGUUCGCAACGGCGAGCCUUGCUCUGAGAUAUUGCCGGAGCUUUCCUUCAUGUCCGAGGACGAUCUCUCCUUUGGGGAGGGCCCCGGGACCUCCAUAGACUACGGCUUUAUCAGUGCAGUCACGUUCUUGGUGACCGGGAUCUCCUUGGUGAUCAUCUCCUACGCUGUGCCACGGGACGUGGAGGUGGACAGUGACAGCGUGUCGGCGAGGGAGAUGGAGAAGCUGGAGAUGGAGAGCGCCCGGAUAGGUGCCCACCUGGACCGGUGCGUCAUAGCGGGACUGUGCCUGCUCACGCUGGGCGGCGUGGUGCUCUCCACGCUGCUGAUGAUCUCCAUGUGGAAGGGGGAGAUGUACAGGAGGAAGGUCGUCGCUUAUUCCAAGCGUUCAGCCAAACUGUACGGCUCUAUCAGCCUGAAAACGAGAUCCAGUCCCAGCCACUCCUCUGCGCACUUGUCCCUGGAGGAGGAAAUGGAGGAGACUUUGGCUUAAAAUGCUGCUCUGUGUAUAAACCUUUUGUGUAUAACAGGAAUUAAUGCCAUUCACACACAUCAUAUAACAUAGUGUAGCCUGAAACUGUAUUCAUACAUUCAUACAAGUGUAUUGUGCUGUAGAAAUAACUCAUUGUAUAUCCACUUGGCACACAGGAAGGACAAGAAAAGCACUCAAAUGCAAAGUGAGGAAAUGCUAGAAAAAAAACAUUAUGUUGUAACACAUUGUGCCCAAAUGAUUUAAAAUGGCAUAAAAGUGACAAGGGAGAAUGUUAAGAGCUUUGUGUCACAAACACUGGAUCGCUUUUUUUUGUUUUUCUGUUUUGUACCCAGGAUGUAAUCUCUGAGAGCCUCCAUUUAUUAUUGAGGCUAUUCAUAUUUAAUGUGAAUGUCUCCAACAGACACAUUUCAGGAAGCUAAGGGAAGUGUGUGUCCGCAGGGCAGGAGAGUGGGAGUAAGGAAGGGAUGUAAAACGGCCCCUGUCCACCGUGAUGUGGGAGAUUCGGCUCAGUGGUCCACAUGGUAAUAUCUAGUGACAUUCGCUCUGGUGCAGUGCUGAGGUAAGCCAGUAAGGCCCGGCUUUGUGCGUCCGAGCCAAAGCUCCGCGUCGCCUUGAUUGUAGUGAGACAUUUGACUGCGUUCGACAGCGCUGACACACAACAUGUUUGCCCUGCUCUGCACUGGCUUGAUCCUCUCUGCUCUUCUUCUUCUCCUUCCUUCCUUCUUUCACCUUCUCUCUCCCACAUGAGACUUUUCUUUCUCCAUGCAGCUUUUCAGUGCUCUCCUCUCCUUGACCUAUGCACACUGUACAUUCACACCAGAGGAGUGUGGAAAGGGUCCUGGACGACCACAGCCAAGUGCCUGUAACAUUUCCAAGGUUGAUGAGCCUUCCCUCACCUUUCCUCCUCUCAUUCUGUCAUUCUCUCUGCACGAGGACGGACUUAAGAGCGCCUAAUCGCAUAUGAAAGAGUUGCCCUACUUCCAAAACCUUAAGCCUUCACUCAAAGAGCUAAUCACAUAUCCAAAGUGAGGUAUUGUUCAUUUUUAAAAAGGUUAUAUUUGAUGUUAUCAUGGCGAUAUGCUGUCUAAAAUAUUGCUGAUGACGCAAAAAAAAAAAAAAAAAAGCUGAGGCAAAGAGGUUCACCGCGUGCAGACUUGAUGAAGAUGUUCAGGCAAGUCAGAAAGCAACUUCCUUUUCUGGUGGGGGAAGAUUUUAUUUUUUGUCUUUGCUAAGUGCUUUCUCUCUGGAGGUUAUUACAUUGUUGCUGUCUGAAGAGACCUGCAGAAAAAGAAUAAAGAAAGCAAUUCUCUUGAAGAAAUUUUGUGCGUGUAUGCUACCCCGUGAGUCUCAUGAAUCAUGCAUGAAGCACUAGAAUUAAUUCAUAUUUGCAUAUAUUUAUAUACACAGCCCAACGUAUUCUGCAGUGUCACUGUUACCUUGGUUUCCUCUCCUUUCAUUUCUCGGCCUGUGUGACCCUAUUUCGACGCCCGCAUUCAAAACGACAUGAGUCAGCCUCUAUUAAUGAGACACGUAGGCAGAGACCGAGGCCAUGCCGGUUGUAAGUGCCAGUCAGUGCACAGACAUGCGGAUGAACCGAUGUGUUUCAAGUGAAAAGAAUGGACGGCUGGAGUCUAACGAGGUAUUAUCGUUAAAAAAAAUAAAAAUAAAACAUUUGUUGCAAGAAUGAACUAAUGCAAGUUUGAGUUGCUGCAGCUUUCCAUCCUCCGAGUCUGUGACCACAGAGCCGACGAGUGCGUGCGCAUCCCUGAAAAAACAGCAAUAACGUCCUGAAAUGGCAAUCAAAUGCCAAAUGAACCGAUUUCCAGGAGAGGUAAUAAAAAUUAAUGAUGCAUAUGAGGCAAUGUUGUCCUGUUCUCUUUGCAGAAGCUGUAAAUCCACAACCAGCAUCGCAGAUGUUAAAGUGAUAUUUCAUUUAGCGAGCUGGCCCUGGUGUCGCUGACCGUGGAAACGAGGUGCGGCGCCGGACACUCCUUUUCUCACCGCUUCCUUUUUUUCUUUCCCUUCUCGCCAAUGUAUUCAUGUCAAAUUAAACUUGCUCGACACGUAAAAGGCAGCCAACAGCAAUGCUACAACGCCCAAAAAGAAAAAAAAUCUGUAUGAUAAUAUUGAGCAAUUAAUUCAAACUGCAGCAAUACUACGACUACAUUGCAGAUGCAGUGCAUCGGUGCUUUCCAUAUGGUGCCAGGGUCAUGUUCAGGGGUGCAUCAUCUGUGAGAGUGUCACUCCUGUACCACACAGAGGAUCAUAAAGGCCUGAGGGGAGACUUCAAACUGACUCAUCUGCAGCAUGUAAAGCGCUCAACCUAUA